GGCUUUAGCCCUCUCACUGGUCGGAGCUGAAGGAGCUCAUGGGCAGAGGGAUUAGGAGAGGGAGGCUGGGAAGAUGAAACAGGUGUGAAAAGGCAACUGAAACCAGUUUAGGUUAGAUUACUUUUCAAAACCAUUGGGAAUUUUUUUUAGAGUAAAUGAAGGGAUUUCACUCUGCUGAAAUUCAUCGUUUACAACUUUAAAAAGGGACACAGGUAAUUUUCAUCUGUGAUCUCUGCUGUGGUUGAUUUCAAAUACUGCACGAAUAUAUCUUAGUCAGGUAUUUGUCCCUAAAAAGUGUUAGGAGAGGCAUUAAUUUUUAAAUUAGAAGGAAGCUGAAGAAAAAUAGAAGAUCAAAAAAGACUUAAUCCUAAUAACACAGGAACAGUAAAUUGUAGACUGAUGAUGGACUUUGAGAAAGUCCCCCCAAAAGAGUUUAGCCAUGCAAAAUUUAAACUGAAAACUGAAAAAAAUACCAAGAUGGAGAUUUUAAAGAGAACCAGGAAAAUUAAAAAUACUGGACUGGUAAAGCCAAGAGAAAAUAAAGAUAAAUGAAGGUAUGUGAAGGGGGGAAUCAAGUUUUAUUUACCUUUCAAAAUAAUGAGUAUUUGGAUGAAAAGAAGGAGCACAUGAAAGGGUACACGGAUAUGAAGUCUGCUUAAAGCAGUGGGAGAAUGAGUAGGGAAAAUGGAAGGAUUUUCUUUUAAAAGCCAACUAGACGUUUUUGGUUGCUGAAGCUAGAAAUGUGCAUGUGGAGAAAAAAAAGAGCAAAGAAGACAGGGAGAGGAUAAAACCAUUCCUUCUGAUUUCAUGUUUGCUCAGGUUGCCUGGGGAGAAGAGAAAGACAGGUAAGUUAAAAACUUGCUGAAAAGGCAAAUAAAGCAUUUUGAGGAUGAACCUGGUGAUGGCGACUGGAGAGUGACUGCUCAGGGACACGGCAAGUCCAGGAUCCUGUGGGAAAGUGCUUUCUCUGAGGGAAUUCCUGAGAGUGGCUAGAGUGGUGGAUUAGGACCUGGGAGUCUAGAGUUCAAAUCCUCCCUCUGCCAUGAAGCAGCUCUCUAUCUCUCAGCCUAACCUACCUCACAGGGUUCUUGUGAGGAUCAAAUGAGGAAGCAGACGAGAACAUCAACUCCACUAAGCCUUUCCAGCAGAACUUGCAAGAUUACAAAAAGAUACGGGAAAUGGAGCUCAAAUGGUAACUAUGGAACAGGCCAGGCAAAAUUACCCCUGAUGUGUAAUAUGAUUAUCUAGUGGUAAUAACCAAGGAUUUUGGAUUUUAUUUUAUUUUCGCUAAGCAUCUUCUAUCAAUAGCUAUUUAGCUCAUUGCUGAGACAACACAAAGCGUUGACUCUAUACAAAAAACUUGGACCUCUAGCACUGAAGGUAAUAUAUUUAAAAUACCAAUUUUAAAACCAGAUCUAGCAGUCAGCUUCCUUUGCCAGUAACUUCCCAUCUGGAAACUAGCGCUGCAGUUGAAGGAAGGUAACUUUUAAAUACUCUUGAUUUGUCAGAAGUGGUGACAGGUGCAAAUACCUAACAAGUAAACUUGAAACACUACAUCAUAAUUAAAGUAACAAUGCAGUUGCAUGUAUUCCGACUGAAGGGCUUCUAGGUGAGUAUCUCGUGCUUGGCUGGAGAGAAAAUCUCUUUUCCACCUGCAAUUCUUGUGCUAAGACACUUUAAAUUCUUAACGUUUUAUUUACCUUACAAACUAAUUAGUCUUUGGAUGAAGACUACUCAGUGAUCUUUUUCAAUGCAAUGCUUUUGUACCAGUCUCUCCUUUCUGUAUAUUCCCAUCUUAAAAUGGAGCCUUAAACUCUGGAAUAUGUCUCCAGUGUGUCUUGCAAGUGGAGGAUUCCAGUGGAGGGAGAACGAAUUCUUGAGAAGCAUUGUAGUGAGUAGAGCUGUACUGAAAUGACUGGCCUUUCCAGCAGCAAUGACAAGAUUACAUAAUCAAUGGGAAACGGACGUCAAAAGAUACAACUGGGCAGGCAAAACUAUCACCAAUAGGUAACGUGGCUGUGGUAGUAAUAACUCUAAAAUAACGGCCUAUGAUCUCACUGACAAAUGCGUUAAGGGGGUGGAUUAUGCUGUAUCCCUCACCGCUCCAUGUGCAUCCCUCCCGAAGUGGCGCACUCGGUGGAAGAGGACGACCAUCCCAGAUUGGAGGAGUGUACUGUUCUUCGGUCAAGGGUAUACGAGAGCUGUGCUCCCCUGCUAUUGUGUUCCGUCUACAAUUGUUUGUGCUAAGACUCUUUCAGGUUGCGGUGACUGAGUCGUCAGAAGAGGCCCUAUUCCGUGUCACCACAAUGAGAUUCACCUGCAGAUAAGAGAGCACUUCUUCUUUUGUUCCAGCUCUUCUUUCCUUCAGGCUUCCCAGAGUUCACUGUACCUGAAGUGAGAGUCACCUGCAUUUGGACUGUGCUGCUUUAGGUAAGUUCACAUUCCCCCACUUAGUGUUUAUUUUUUCAAGACAAUGUUUUUUGUAUGGGUCUCUCCUUUUUUCCAUUUUCUUUUCUGAUGGUUUCUUCACAGGUCACUCCAAAGAACUCCCAACGCUCAAAUGAAGCCAGCUCUUCCAGCAGAGUCCCAGAAGUCAUGGUGGUAAGAAAAGCUGUUUUGUCUUUUUUAAAAAAACUUAUUUUCUGCAGGAUUGGUGGAAGGUGGCCGGGGACAAACUAGUGAUUCUAGAUUGUAAGCCAACAGAAGGAGCUGCCAAGUCACACCUCAAAUGGUCAAACGAAAGGGUGAGCAUUAAGCUUCCCCCUUUCCACACCAAGCUUAAUGACAGAGAUUUAAGUCUGAAUCGCAACUCUCUGUUCUGCCCCUCUAGAUUAAUGGCUUAUCUAGCUUCAAUCAAAAAUGGCAGUCAAAAUGGUAUUCCAGAAUUGAAGGACAUUUAGGUGAGUAUCCCUUGCUUGGCUAGGGAGAAAAUCUCUGUUGUGUUCUACAAUUCUUUGUGCUAAGACUCCUUCAGGUUGCGAUUACUGAGUCGUCAGAAGAGGCCCUAUUCCGUGUCACCACAAUGAGACUCACCUGCAGGUAGGAGAACACUUCUUCUUUUGUUCCAGCCCUUCUUUCCUUUUGUUCCAGCUCCUCCUUUCUUCAGGCUUCCCAGAGCUCACUGUACCUGAAGCAAAUCUGUUCAGUUGAUGAGAAAGACGCAGUGUGAGUAAGAGCUCUUGAUACUUCAAGAAAAACCCUGCAGUGAGAGUCACCAGCAUUAGGACAGUGCUGCUUUAGUCAAAAUGGUAUUCCAUGAUUGACAUACAUUUAGGUGAGUAUCCCUUGCUUGGCUAGGGAGGAAAUCUGUAUUGUGUUCUGUAUGAAACUCUUUGUGCUAUGGCUCUUUCAGGUUGCAGUGACUGAGUCGUCAGAAGUGGAAGCCUUUUGCAGCAGAUUUCUUCGUAACUCUUAAGUUUGUUUUUUCCCUGAGAGAACAUUCUAUUUUGUAUGACUCAGUAGGGUAGCAAUUAUUUUUAAAUGUGCAUAUGUAUACAGCAUUUGCAAAUUAGUCUCUUUUCUGUUUUUAAAGCCAUGUGUCAGUGGUCACUAUAAGCAAAGAGGCCAAUUUCUGCAAUUUGGACAUUGAGGGGAGGUCAGAAGGAGAAGAUUGAGAGGAGGAUCUGGAUGCUGAAGGGGCAACAAAGUUUCGGGACCAGGAAGAACCUGUGAAAGGGAGCAGUUCAGACUCCAAGGCUGAAGCAGAGAAGGGGCGACAAGAGACUGCUGAGGAAUCCAGGGAGUCUCCCUCUCCUGCUGUAACAAGCUCCCCUCCAGCCUUGUCUCCAAGAACACACAGAAUAGUGAGGAGAGUGGAACAGAGGCCAAAGAUGCUCAGAUGCUGUUUGAGGCUGCUGGGGAGAGGAGGAGCCCUAGAACAGUGUUUUUCAACCACUGUUCUGCGGCAUACUAGUGUGCCGCGAGAUGUUGCCUGGUGUGCCGUGGGAAAAAUUGAAAAAUUUGAAAGAUUAAAAAAAAAAAUUCAAAUUUUCGCCCACUAGGCGGGCGCCGGACUGUGUCCUGGGUAUGGGGGGGGGGGUUGACCCCACCCACGGCCAGCAGGUGCGCCGAUUGGCGCUCCUCAGGGGGACACCCUCCACUUUUCUGAUGUCUGGGCUGUGAUUGGUCCAGACUCCAGCCUGGACCUAUCACAGUAGGACAUCAUCUUCCGACUUCCUUCCCGCCCGAGUACAGUGUGCACAGCAGCGGAGAGAAGAAGACGUGGCGACUCAAGUCACCAGGAGGACCGGAGAAGUUGUCAUUUUAUUUCUCUUCAGUCUCCACUGAAUGCCUUGACUGGGUUAGGGACCCUUAUAGCUCAGCAUCAGUUGGUGGAAAGGACAUGACUUUACAGGAGCAGGAGGAACUAACUGAACUGAGACAAAACCGUGGUUUCAAGCUAAGAUUUGCUGAUCUACCUUUGGACAGUUUUUGGUUGGAUACUGCCAAGGAGUUCCCCCUUCUGGCAAACAAAGCUAUUUUGACAUUGCUCCCAUUUUCCACUACAUAUCUGUGUGAGAUGAGCUUUUCAAGCAUGAUUGCUAUAAAAACUAAAUACAGAGAGAGACUGAGAGCUGUUGACGAAGAGCUACGUGUGUCUUUCUUCGAUUCCAGCCAGAAUAUCAGCUUUGUGUUCAGCCAAACAGGCCCAGGUUGCGCACUGAAUAAAGUAUUUUAUAAUUUUUCAUAUUUCUGUUUACUUACUAUUUCAUAAUAAAGUAAUUAU